AUGGCGCUAAAUACAACCAAGGAGAGUAUUGAUACAUCAGUCAAAUUCGCCGAUAGCAAACCACCCAUCAGAAUUUCUGGGGAUGCCGAGAAACCAGACGAAGACUUGACAGGUCGAGCCAUGAAAAAACGAAUCAAGAAUCCGAGCAUUGGGUUGGACUCGGGACAAGCUCCAGGAUACUGGGCGCGGCGAAUCAACACACGCACUUGGUCGAAAGGAGUCUAUGAUUAUGCGACACAAGGAACCCUGCUCAACCAUAUGAAACAAAUGCAACUUCUCAGGGAGCCUGUCCUUAGGACUUCCAGGAUUUGGAAUGGCGAUCGGCUUGAUGGGAUGAUCCGCAGCAAGAAAGUCAACAUUGAAGCAAUUCAUGCGCAGGCAGUGGGCACCGAGCUUGACGACGAAGAAUGCUGCAGUAGUUGCAACCUAGGACACGGCCCCUUCUUGACCUGCGUCAAGGUCCCCAACACUUCAGACAAGCCACAAGUUUGCGCGAAUUGCCACUUUGGAGGAAAUGGGGAACGCUGUGAUUUGAAUAAGCUGCAGCAACCGGAAAAGGUUGGCGCGGAUGAAGAGGAGCCCGGCAAGUCCAGCACACUCAAUGAGUCGAAUCUUUCUACAACUGUUAAGACGCACAAGGAUGCACUUGGUACACAACCCCCGCAGGCAACAGCAGACUCUCCUAUCCAGACUGCGCAAGAAUUGCCAGAAGGGUUGUUAUCACUCAUUAUCGCGCAUUAUGAGCUUCAGAUUGGCAGUUACGAUGCCAAUAUCAUCUCUCUCGCGAAAAUACUCAAUAACUUGAAGAUACAGCGGGACCUUACUGCGAGAACACUUGAGGUUCUGAAGGGAGCGGCGGCAAAGGGCGGAGCUCAGGGACGCACGCCAAGGGGUGAGAAGAGGGUCAUGUAG